GGCAGCGUCUGAUUGGUUGGAAAAAUGGUAGGAGAAUAACGUCCCCUUCUCUAGUCUGUGUUAUAAAACCCUACUCAAGUUUGGAAUAUCUCUUAGUACAAAACGAGUAUCGUGUAAGUUAUGUCGCCGAGAACACAGAACACCCAUUCCGAUUUUUCGAUUGAAGCGAUUUUGGCCAAAAUUCCUUCAGAAAAGGCCAAAGUUCCUGCAGAUCUGAACUUAAAUUUUCGCGUUUCAUCGCCUGAGGGUGGUUCGAUCGGUGAUUGUGAAAGUGAACUCGAUAUUAUCGGGGAGAACGGCGACUGUGACAGUUCGCCUUUAGACUGUUCGAAAUCCGAACUCAAAGGCAAAUCAGCCGAAAAGCCGACGUUUAGUUACAACGCCCUCAUCAUGAUGGCGAUCAGGAAUUCACCAGAAAAACGACUUACCCUCAAUGGAAUUUACGAGUACAUCAUGAAGAACUUUCCGUAUUACCGCAACAAUAAGCAGGGCUGGCAGAACUCGAUCAGGCACAACCUCAGCUUGAACAAAUGUUUCGUGAAAGUGCCAAGAAGUUACGACGAUCCUGGCAAAGGCAACUACUGGAUGUUGGACCCUUCAGCCGAUGACGUAUUCAUCGGGGAUUCGACUGGAAAGUUGAGAAGACGAUCCUCUCCAGCAUCGAAAGCACGAUUGGCAGCAUUUAGGAGAAGUUUUUCCAUGUGCAACACGUUGCCGCUGAUGUCCCCACAGUUUUACCCCUUUGGGCCCUACAUGGGACCUUAUGUGGGAAAUGGACCAGCUCCUGUUGUGCGUCCAACUCCAAUCACUCAAUUUCCUACCAGGGACCCCUAGGGUUCAAUCAAAUGGUUCACCGUACUGUGGCAUAGUUUACCUUUUAGUUGGCUCUCAUUCAACACUGUGAUAUUAGAUCUUAAAUUCCUAAUCUUAAAUAAUUAAAAAAAUCAAUAAAUAAGUAAAGAUAUAUAAUUUUGUUGAGCGUAACAAUAAAAAAUAGUU